CUUCCCCAUUCGCUAGUUUCUCUGUCUCUCUAGAGUUGUUGUUGAAGAUGCGGGAUUUGUUGAACUGCCUCUUGGGCAGAAGGAGAGCACGUCCAUUAAAGGGCUCAACAAUGAAAGGAUCGGUGGUGCUUCAGAAGAAAAAUGUUUUGGAUUUCAACGAUUUCCAUGUAUCCUUCCUCGAUAGCUUGCAUGAGUUCUUGGGAAAACGGGUCUCUCUGCACCUUGUGAGCGCCACUCAUGCUGAUCCAGAGAGGGGAUUGAAAGGUAAGCUGGGGAAAGCGGCAUACUUGGAGGAAUGGGGCAAGAAACAGGUGGGUCUUGCUGUUGGGGAGGCCCAAUUCACCGUCGAUUUCGAGUGGGACGAGAGCUUUGGUACUCCUGGUGCCUUUGUAAUAAGGAACGAGCAUCAUGGUCAGUUCUAUCUCAAGUCCCUCACUCUACACCAUGUUCCCGGGAAGGGCAGGGUUCACUUUGUCUGCAACUCUUGGGUUUAUCCCUCCAAGAAGUACACAUCCGAUCGCAUCUUCUUCUCCAACGAGAGUUAUCUCCCUGGUGAGACACCAUUAGCAUUGAAGAAUCUCAGAGAAGAGGAACUGUUGAACUUGAGGGGAAAUGGAGUUGGAGAGCUUAAAGAGUGGGAUCGAGUUUAUGACUAUGCUUAUUACAAUGAUCUUGGCAAACCAGAUGAUGGUCCUGACCUCGUUCGUCCUGUUCUUGGAGGUUCCGUAGAGUUCCCCUACCCUCGCAGAGGAAGAACAGGACGACCGCCCACAAAAACAGAUCCCAAGAUCGAGAGCAGAUUGCCAUUGCUAAGUCUUGACAUUUAUGUCCCAAGAGACGAGAGGUUUGGGCACCUGAAGAUGUCUGAUUUCUUGGCCUAUGCUUUGAAGUCCAUUGUUCAGUUCUUGGUGCCUGAGAUAAAGGCCUUGUUUGAUAAAACACCAAAGGAGUUCGAUAGCUUCGAAGAUGUGAUGAAGAUGUACGAGGGCGGGGUCAAGUUGCCUGAAACUCAAGCCCUUGACACAUUAAAAGGAUUGAUCCCUUUCGAAAUGAUCAAAGAACUUCUUAGAACUGAUGGAGAGAGAUUCCUCAACUACCCAUUGCCUCAAGUCAUACAAGUUAUGGUUUUGUAACAGGCGUUGAAGAAUAAUAAACUGUUUAUCUUAGAUCACCAUGACACCUUCAUGCCUUACCUGAACCGCAUCAAUUCCACAACGACCAAGACAUAUGCUUCAAGAACCCUCCUAUUUCUCCAAAAUGAUGGGACCCUCAAGCCCUUGGCCAUUGAGCUUAGCCUUCCCCACCCUGAUGGUGAAAGCCAUGGCGCUAUUAACAAGGUUUUCACCCCUUGUGAUAAUGGUAUUGGCGCUUAUGUUUGGUUGCUUGCUAAGGCCUAUGCUGCUGUCAAUGAUUCUGGCUUUCAUCAACUCAUCAGCCAUUGGUUAAACACGCAUGCAGUUAUAGAGCCAAUUGUGAUAGCGAGCAAUAGACAGCUAAGUGUGCUCCAUCCCGUCCAUAAGCUUUUGCACCCUCAUUUUCGAGAUACAAUGAACAUCAACGCAUUGGCAAGGCAAAUACUAAUCAAUGCCGGUGGAAUAUUGGAGAUGACCGUCUUUCCUGCUAAAUACGCCAUGGAAAUGUCUGCCGUGGUCUACAAGGAUUGGGACUUCACUAGACAGGGACUCCCCGCAGAUCUCUUAGACAGGGGGAUGGCCGUGGUCGACGAAAAAAAGCCCCACAAGCUCCACCUCCUCAUCGAGGACUACCCUUACGCAGUCGAUGGUCUCGAGAUUUGGGGCGCCAUCUCCACCUGGGUCCAGGAAUACUGCGCCAUCUAUUACCCUUUAGACUCCGCUGUCGCAUCAGACACAGAGCUCCAAUCCUGGUGGGCCGAGGUGCGUAAUGUAGGCCAUGGUGACAAGCGCAGCGAGCCAUGGUGGCCCCAAAUGAGCACCAUUCAUGAACUCACUGACACAAUUAUCACCCUCAUCUGGGUUGCCUCUGCUCUUCAUGCUGCAGUAAAUUUUGGUCAGUAUACCUAUGCAGGGUACAUGCCCAACCGCCCCACCAUCAGCCGGCGCUUCAUGCCCGAGCCGGGGACUACAGACUAUGAGAAACUCGAGUCGGACCCUGAUGGGUACUUUUUGAGUACCAUUACUAACCAGCCUCUCACACUUUUGGGAGUGUCCUUGAUCGAGAUAUUGUCGAGGCACUCAUCCGACGAGCUGUACUUGGGGCAGAGGGAGUCUUCCGAAUGGACGGCCGAUGCGCAGGCACUGGAGGCAUUCGAGAGGUUUGGAAAGAGGCUGGAGGAGAUCGAGCAGCAGAUCAUGACCAGGAAUUCAGAUCACCAGUUUAGGAACCGGGUGGGGCCUGUCAAGGUGCCCUACACGCUCCUCUACCCUGGUACGUCGGAUAUCGGCACUGCCGGGGGGCUCACCGGAAGAGGCAUACCCAACAGUGUCUCCAUUUAGGACCACAAACAAAUACACACACACACUUUCCCCUCCACGGCUCUCAUAAUUUUAGUGUCUUCAUUUACAACCACAAACAAACACACACACAGUUUCCCCUACAUGGCUCUCAUAAUUUUAUGAGAAAAAAUCUCUUUGGUAAUUGUCCUUGAGUCCUAUUUCUUAUUUAUUUGUUUAUUUUAUUUGGACAUUUAAAAGGUCAUGGUAUAUGUAAAGUUGUAAAUCUUUUAUCUCAUGAUCUCAGGAUGAUUUAUG